AUGGGUGUCAAGGUCGUGCAGAGUGGCGGUGACGAUGUGGCGGCUAUCGUGGUGGACCCGGGUUUCGACACCCUCCGUAUCGGCAACUGCCAGGAAGACUACCCGCGUGAAUACAUUCCCAGCGCGUUGAGUCGGGGCACGUGGAAUAAUGAGUACCUGGGAUGGGUGCCUCUGAACCGGGUGCGCGCACCCACGUUUGUGGAGGUCCGACGGCUGCUACAAUACAACCGCGACGAAAACCUGGAAGUGGACCCGUUUGUGUUCGAGAAGCUCAUCCGUUUGGGAGUGGAGGGUUACCGGCGUGACAGCUGCCCAGUGUUUGAGAAUGAGGAGUUCGUGUCUACCAAGGUGGGAGGCCUGAACCUGGACGUGACGAAGCACCCGAUGUUGGUGACGGAGCCGACCGCGGAGUGCAAGCAGUUCCGCGACUGCACCCUGGAGAUCCUCUUCGAGCAGCUGGACGUACCCGCUGCGUACCUGGCCAAGCGGGCGAACCUAUCGGCGUUUUCUGUCGGCAGGCAGUCGGCCUUGGUGCUCGACAUCGGUGCGGGCGGCUGCAUCGCCUCGCCUGUCCACGAGGGCAUAUCGCUGCAAUCCACCAUCCAAACGUCGCUUGUGGGCGGGAACGCGUUGGACAUCCAUCUGUGCAAUCUGCUACACAACCGCGGUCACGAAUUUUUCCGGCCCGGAGGGAGCGUGGCGCAGGAGCACCGCCGCCAGUGGAUUGCGCGGGAGAUCCGCGAAUCGUAUUGUUCCGUGAAAUCACCAAAGAUCCCGCACACCUACCGUCUACCCGACGGUGACGUGGUGCAGAUUGACGACAAGGUUGCCGAGGUACCGAAGUUGCUGUUCUCUCCCGAGUCGACGUCCGUGGCGGAGUUCAACAACUUCAAGGGGCUCUACGAGAUGAUCACGGACUGCGUCUUCGAGACCGAUGUGGACAUUCGCCGUGAGUUGCUGUCGUCCAUAGUCGUGGUUGGGGGCGUCAGUAUGACGUCGGGUCUGAUGGACCAUUUGAAUGCGCAGCUGUCGCAGGGUACCAUCGGCCGCGGAAGCAAGUUCAAGUUGGUGCACCCAUCGUCGUACGGCGAGGCUCGCUACUCCACGUGGCUCGGGGGUUCAAUUUUGGCGUCCCUGGGCCGCUUCCAGCAGCUUUGGAUUUCGAAGAAGGAGUACCGCGAUCACGGCACGACGAUAGCGUACCGUCGGUGCCACUGA